AUGCUCAGAAAACGGCCUACUCACCGUGCCCUUCAGUUUCCAUGCCUAUCUCCAGGCUGUAUGCGCUGGUUUCGAAACAUAUCUGGCCGCACUCAGCACAUGCACGCAUGCCAUACCAUUGCACCUGCUCAGGAUCUUCCUCAACCGCAACAGCUUCCAUCUCCAUCUCAGUCGCCUCCUCCUGAUUUCUUGCCACCCCCUCCUGAUUUCUCGCCUCCCCGAUCAUCACCUGGUCCAAUGGCUGAUGAUGAGGAUCCAGAGUCAGAAUUCACUGAUGCGAGCGAGCGUUACUAUUCUGACGGUGUGUUUCUGCCCCCUGGCACACCACCAACUCCUGUCCCACCGAAGUCUCCUCACGACUGGAGCCCGUAUCGUAACGAUAUUGAAUUUGCAACGGCAGAGUUUAGCCACAGACUUAUUGCUCGACUUAAUGGGCGCGCAGCUGUUAAACACAACGACCACCCUCCAUUUGCAGAUCACAAGGAUUUGCACAAGGUCAUCGACGCCACACAACUUGGUAAUGUCGCUUGGCAAUGUCUCUCAGUUCAAUACACAGGGGAACACCCUGAACAUGAUGCUCCUCCGUGGAUGGACAGAGAAUACGAGGUCUGGUACAGAGACCCCCGCAUCAUGGUGCAUAACAUGUUAGCAAACCCUAUCUACAAGGGUGAGAUUGACUAUGCGCCAUUUCGGGAAGACUUUAUGUCUGCGGACUGGGCAUGGCAACAAGCCAUACGUGACAAAAUAUCGAAGGAUCCAAACACACAUGGAUCGACGUUCGUUCUGAUAAUUCUUGGUAGCGACAAGACCACUGUUUCUGUGGGCACAGGUAAUAAUGAAUAUUACCCCCUGUAUGCCUCGAUCAGCAAUGUGCACAACAAUGUGCGAUGCACUCAUUGCGACACUCUCGUCAUCAUCAGUUUCCUGGCUAUACCUAAAACUGAUAGGCAACAUGCUCAUGACGAUUUGUUUCAUGUAUUUCGCCAGCAGCUUUUUCACCGUUCGCUAUCUGCGAUUCUAUCUACCCUGAAGCCUGUGAUGACCAAGUACGAAGUCCUGCGUUGUGCAGACGGUCACUUUCAACGUGUUAUAUUUGGCCUGGGACCCUACAUAGCCGACUAUGAGGAGCAACUGGUGCUGUCCUGCACCGUUAAAAAUUGGUGCCUGAAAUGCCUUGCAAAUCAGAAAGAUCUCGAUGGUGGUGGUCUCUUACGCUGUCGAGAGCAUACGGAUAUCCUAAUACAUGAAAAUAUCCACCCGGAUACAUUGUGGGAUGAAUAUGGGAUCAUAAGUGUUCUCAUCCCAUUCACAAAUGACUUCCCCCGAGCCGACAUCCAUCAAUUAAUAUCAUUUGAUCUCCUCCACCAGCUAGUCAAAGGCGCUUUCAAGGAUCAUUUGGUGGAUUGGGUAGUAAAGUACCUUAGACUUGAGCAUGGGACCAAACAAGGAGACGAGAUCAUGAGCGACAUAGAUCGAAGAAUUGCUGUUGUGGCGCCAUUCACUGGUCUACAGCGAUUUCCUGACAGCCGCAGCUUUAAACAGUGGACGGGUAACGAUUCUAAAGCCCUUAUGAAGGUCUUCAUUCCAGCUAUCGAAGGCCACGUACCUCAAGACAUGGUACGUGCAUUUCGCGCUGAAGCCUGUCUGGAUCAACUCAAAGACGCGCUUGCUCGGUUUCACCACUACCACCAGAUCUUCGAAACCACGGGCACAGUCUCUCACUUCUCGUUACCCCGCCAGCACUCAAUGACCCACUAUGCGGACAUGAUCCGACUGUUUGGUGCGCCGAAUGGAUUGUGCUCGUCGAUCACGGAAUCCAAGCACAUUAAGGCGGUGAAGCAACCCUGGAGGUGGUCUAGCAAGCAUAAUGCCAUUGGCCAAAUACUUUUGGCUAACCAACGCCUCGACAAGCUCGCAGCAUCUCGCGUAGACUUCGCUGCUCAUGGGAUGCUCGUUGGCUCUGUAUUAUCAAGAGCUGUGGCUGCUCUACAACGAACACGGGCACAGACUGUAGCAACACUAGCAGAAGAGGUCGGUGUUAAAUACCUGCGAUGCCUUAUCCGUCAUUUUCUGUUUUUGCAACUCUUUCCCAAUGAUCCUCGCAACCCCGAAGAUGUCCCUGCUGCUAGCUGCUCUCGAUACAAUGGUAGACUUGAGGUCUUUAAUUCUGCUGCUGCGACUUUUUAUGCGCCAAGUGAUCCCAGUGGCAUUGGUGGCAUGCGACGAGAACAGAUCCGUGCAUGUCCACUCUGGCGUAAUGUCUAUGCCCGUAAUGAUUGCAUGUUUGUCAACACCAAUUCAAACCUUGAAGGGAUGAAAGGGCUCGAAGUUGCCAGAGUCAAAUGUUUUUUUUCCUUCAGAUUCAAUUGGGCCGCCACGUAUCCAUGCGCUCUUGUUCAUUGGUUCGAUAAGGUCAGUGACUCUGCCGACAAGGAUACUGACAUGUGGAUAGUCCGUCCAAGUGUUUGUGAGGAUGGCACCCCAAACCUCGCUGUUAUUCAUAUCGAUACCGUUUACCGUGCAGCGCACUUAAUCCCUGUCUACGGUCCCGAUUUCAUUCCUAAGGACAUUAAGUAUUUUUAUUCUUAUGAUGCUUUCCGCUUAUUCUAUGUCAAUAAAUACGCCGAUCACUAUGUGUUCGAGAUAGUGUCGUGA